AGUCGCCUUCUCCCCUGGAGCCUCCGCCGGGAAAACCUCGCCGAGACGCAGGCCGCCUCCGACUCCGCCUCUGUUCAAAGCCAAGAGAUCUCACCCCCUCCGCGUGGCAACUGCCAGGACGAAGUUCUCGCCUCGCCCUGCCAACGACAGCAGGAGCCCAACUCCCCACAGAUCGAGGAUCUCCCCGCCGCCGGAGAACCCGAGGAUCUUCCCCCAGAGCUCUUUCCCUACUGAAUCUCAAGCUUUAAUUGCAAUGGAGACUUCUUUGGAUAUGUCACUUGAUGAUAUGAUUAAGAACAGAAGUGUAAGGGGAAGAGGAAGGGGAAGGAUUCAGAGGGGUGGUCGAGGCAGAGGUGAUGGACAAAGGUCAGGCAGAGGUGAUGGCCAAUGGCUAAGCAGAGGCGAUGGCCAGAGGCUAGGCCGUGGUUUAGGGCGCGGACGUGGCGCUGGCACCUUCCGUGGAAGAGGAGUGCCUUCACAGAGGCCACUUGGUGUCAAUACUCGCUCGUCAUCUUAUGCUAUUGCCAAGUCAUUCAACAAAACAAAGGAUUUUGCGUGGACACAUGAUCGUUUUGAGGAUAGCAUGGUGGCUGCUGGACUUUCAGGGAUAGAAACUGGUACAAAGCUAUAUAUUUCAAACUUGCACUAUGGAGUGACAAAAGAAGAUUUGCAGGAACUUUUCUCUGAAAUGGGUCAUUUGAAGAACUGUGCUGUUCAUUAUGACAAUAAUAGACACCCAACUGGUACAGCUGAGGUGAUAUUCACUAGGAGGAGUGAAGCUGUUCAAGCAUUGAAACGAUAUAAUAAUGUGCGCCUUGAUGGGAAAGAAAUGAAGAUCGAAGUAAUAGGAGCAAAUUUGGGUCUGGCUGCUGUUUCUGCACCUCGUGUUAGUGUUGUUCCUGGUGCAAGAGGAAGAGGACAGAGAGAAGUUGUAAUGAUGUCUCGUUCUAGUGGGUUUGGUCGAGGUGCGGCCGACUCUUCUAAUUUCCUUCCUGGGUGGAAGCGCAACGGUUUCUCACAAAGAGGAGGACAGGCCCGUGGUCGUGGUCGUGGCCGUGGCCGUAGUUUUGGCCGGGGUCGUGGACGAGGACGUGCUAUCUAUGUGCCGAAGGGGUCUUUGGGGAAAUCAGUCGACCAACUGGACAAGGAGUUGGACACCUAUCAUUCUGGAGCAAUGAAUGUUGAUUAAGAGAUGCUGCAUCUGAUCACGUGGGUUGAGGCUUGGAAUUUGAUUUUGUUUGAUGUUUAGUUUUGCUGGGGAGUUACCACUCAGCUGUGUACACAUACACACAUAUGGCAGUCUACAAUUUCUAGCUCUCAUCUAGCAGUGACGUUGUAAUUGUGGUUAUUGACUCUAUCAACUAUUUUUAGGUGGA